GGUCGUUGUGCAGGUGGGGUCUGCCUGUAGGUCGACGCUUACGUACUUUUUCGGGCGGACAUAUCUAAAAAUGGGCUCCGAAACGCUGUCCGACAUGAGUUACCCCAAGCACGGAGCCAUGCGGGGUAAAGAGGCACUGAAAAUACUGGGUAUAGCAAUCGGAACUGCCACGGCUGUCAUUGUGAGCUUCGUCACCAUGUUUGUCGUCAUGUUUGUACUGGUGAGGCAGGGAGAGAUGAAGUCACAGUUGUCGCACAUGGAAGCUCAGGUGUCUCAACUGAAGGACAUGGAAGCCCAGCAGGCGCACCUGAAGGACAUGGAAGCCCAGCUGUCCCAACUGAAGGACAUGGAAGCCCAGCUGUCCCAACUGAAGGACAUGGAAGCCCAGCUGUCCCAACUGAAGGACAUGGAAGCCCAGCUGAAAGAAAUGGGAGUCCAGGUGCAAGAAAUACAACAGUGGAGAGAACAGCAGGUCAGUCCUCAGGGCCCGAGCGCUCGUGAGCAGCAGAAUGAAGAAGCGGGGCGUGGCAAGAGCGCCACCUUCCUGUACGGAGCUGCAGUGCAUCGCCGAGCUAAGAGAUCUGUGUCUAACAUCAGGAAUUUUGCGAACAAGAUAACACUGCCGACGACUCUUGGUGGGUGCUUAGCCGGUGAGAGAGGAGAACCCGGAAGGGACGGGAGAGACGGUCUCACCUUCGCCGGUCCGACCGGACCUCCUGGUCCCGCCGGUCCGACCGGACCCCGUGGAGACCCCGGUGGGAACGGUUCACGCGGGGACCCCGGCCCUCCUGGUCCUCCCGGGCCUCCUGCAUCGUGUUGCUGUUCGUCCCCUCCAACAGCCAGCCCACCUAACACAGAUGAUCCCAGCCCGCCACCGACAACAGCCACACACCCGCCUCUCACAACCAGCGUGCCCUCCGCUCUGACACCGACACCAAGCUCCGGGACUGUGGCUGAAACUUGCGGGUUGAGGAUGGACUUAUUCUUCAUCUUGGACUCUAGUUACUCGGCUAAACGAAAUGCAAUUGCUUUGGUCAACGCCUUCACGAUUGGUUUGAAAGAUACCAGGGUCGGUGCGAUGCAGUAUGGAAACCCAGACUCGUUGGACAUCAAGCUGGGAGAUUAUGGUGAUCUUGCAUCUACAGUCCAGGCAAUACACGCCAUGCCGUAUCCGGGCAAUGGCAGGCGUAUCGGAGCUGCGAUGGAUUUCGCACGUCGAACUGCUGCUUGGAGACCUGCACCUGUUCCUAGGGUGGGUGUCAGAUAUCUUAGCUCUAGAUGA